AUCGUCGUGACCAAGUACAUUGCACCUCUAAAUCAGCCAUCUCUGCAAGUAAACCAUGUCUUUCAUUGGCGAGGCUGCUCUAUCAGCUUUAGUUCAGGCACUUACUGAAAAGAUUGACUGCCCUGACUUGCUCAAUUUCGCUCGUGAAAGGCAACUUCUUCCCCACAUAAACAAGUGGGACAAACUGUUGUUUAAAAUCCAUGCUGUUCUUGAUGAUGCAGAGGAGAAGCAGAUGUCAAAUCGGCUUGUGAAGAUCUGGCUCAAUGAGCUCAAAGAUUUGGCUUAUGAUGUAGAAGAUAUCUUGGAUGAGUUUGCCACUGAAUCUCUGCGACGCAAGUCCAUGGGACAACCCCAAGCCAACACUAGUAAGCUUCGUAAACUCUUUCAUUCUUGGAAUAGUUUCAAUCCUGGAGCUGUGGUUAUCUUUAAUUCUGAAAUGCAUUCCAAGAUAAAGGAGAUCACUGCUAGAUUAGAAGACAUUGCAGCGCAGAAAAAUAGCCUGGAUUUAUUAGAAAGUGUUCGAGGAACAUCAAUUAAGGUUUGGCAACGACCACCCAGUACCUGUUUGCAAGAUGAACCUCAAGUGUAUGGUAGAGAUGAAGAUAAGAGGAAGAUACUUUAGUUGCUUUCAAUGGGUGAAGCAAGUGAGGCAAAAGUUAGCAUCAUACCCAUUGUUGGCAUGGGUGGGGUCGGUAAAACGACACUGGCCAGGCUUGUAUACCAUGACAAAGAAUUGCAAAAAUUCCAUCCAAAAGCAUGGGUUUGUGUGUCCGAUGACUUUGACAUUAUGAGAAUAACAAAGGGUAUUCUUGAGUCCAUCACUUUGGAGCCCUGUGAUCUAAAGGAGUUGAAUCAAGUUCAGCUCAAAUUGAAUAAUGAAUUAUCAGGAAAAAGGUUUCUAAUUGUUUUAGAUGAUGUCUGGAAUAAGAAGUACAGUGACUGGAAUGUCCUGCGCAUUCCAUUUAUGGCUGGAGCACCAGGAAGUAAUGUAAUUGUGACAACGCGUGAUAGGGAUAUUGCAGAAAUGAUGGGAACUGUUGAAUGUCAUGAGUUGAAACAAAUUUCUGAUGAUGAUUGUUGGUUAGUUUUUGCCAGACAUGCAUUUGAGAAUAGAAGUGUUGAAGCACAUUCAAAUUUGGAGAUCAUUGGUAAAAAAAUUGUAAAUAAGUGUGGUGGCUUGCCUUUGGCAGCAAGAACUUUGGGUGGCCUCUUGCGCUCAAAACAGCGAGAUGAUGAAUGGGAAGAUGUAUUGAACAGCAAAAUAUGGAGCUCACAAGAUGCUGACAGCGAUAUUCUUCCUGUACUAAGAUUAAGUUACCACCAUCUUCCUUCACAUUUGAAGAGAUGCUUUGCUUAUUGCGCGAUUCUUCCAAAAGAUCAUGAGUUUGAGGAGAAGGAACUAGUGCUUCUAUGGAUGGCAGAAGGUUUGAUUCAACAAAUGGAUGGCCAAAAGCAGAUGGAAGUUGUUGGAGUUGAGUAUUUCCGUGAUUUAUUAUCUAGAUCUCUUUUUCAAGCAUCAGGCAGUGGUGAAUCUAAAUUUGUAAUGCAUGACCUUGUUAAUGAUCUAGCACAAAGGGUUGCAGGAGAAAUAUGUUUAAGAUUGGACGAUGAAUGUAGGGUUGGUGAACCAUCCAAAGGAGAAAGAGCUCGACACUCAUCUUACAUUCGUGGCUAUUGUAAUGGCAUUACGAGAUUUGAACCUUUCCACAGGAUGCAAUAUUUACGGACCUUUCUGUCUCUCUCUCUAAGACUAAGUAAUUUCCCAGAAAGCUUCUUACCAAAUUAUGUUCCUUCUGAAUUGUUACCAAAGCUGAGAUGUUUAAGAGUAUUGUCUUUUAGUCAUUAUAGCAUUGGCGAGCUACCAGAUUCAAUUGGUAACUUAAAACUUUUAAGGUACCUAGACCUUUCACAUACUCAAAUCAGAAUUUUACCCAAGUCAGUAACUUCAUUGUAUAGCUUACAAACUAUCAUGUUGAAAGGAUGCUCACGGCUUGAGGAAUUGCCUUCAGAAAUAGGAAAUCUGAUCAGUUUGCGCUUUCUUGACAUCACGGGUGCACAUUUAGUAGAAGGGAUGCCAAUAGGAAUAAAAGCAUUAAAAAGUCUUCGAACAUUGUCUGAUUUUGUGGUGGGAAAAAAUGGUGCAGCCUGUCUAUCAGCUUUGAUGGACUUAAAAUUCCUUCAGAAAGCCCUCCACAUUUCCAAGUUGGAGAAUGUGAUUAAUGCUCAGGAUGCAAGGCAGGCCAACUUAACAGAUAAGAAAGACUUAGAUGAUCUAUUUCUUGAAUGGACAUAUGAUAGUGCACGGAAUGAGAGACUUGAUAGAGAUGUACUUGGCAGCCUUCAACCUCAUACACAAUUGAAAAAGCUAUAUGUAAAAGGCUAUUGUGGUGCCAGAUUUCCCUCUUGGGUAGGAAAUAUCUCAUUCUGUAAUCUUGUGUUCUUAAGGUUCGAGAACUGUAAGAAAUGCACAUCCUUGCCACAGCUUGGGCAACUACCUUCUCUAAAAACCCUGAUCAUUGAAGGGAUGGCUGGUAUAAAGUUGAUUGAUCAUGAAUUUUAUGGGGAGAGUUGCUCAAAUCCUUUUCCAGCUCUUGAGACUCUGAUAUUUAGGAACAUGCCCGAAUGGGAGAACUGGAAUCCCUGUGGGUUUGAAUUCCCUUGCUUGCUUGAACUUUCCAUUAUUAGUUGUUGCAAACUGUCAGGACAUCUGCCCUGCCAUCUUUCUUCACUUGAAAAGCUUGUGAUUCUACAUUGUCCAGAAUUUGUUGUUUCGCUCCCAAGACUCCCAAAGGUUUCAGAGUUGAAAAUUGUAAGAUGCAAAGAGGUGGAUUGUUGUGAUAUAGAAGACAACUUUGGUCCAUUAAACUCAAUGGAACUCUCUGAAAUUUCAAAGUGCACAAUUCUAGGAGAGGAAUUCAUUCAAGGGUUAAGGAAGGUAAAAGAUCUAACUGUUGAUGGGGAUAUAUUUCCUUCUUCACCUCAUCUGACCUCCAAUGCACUAGAUGGAGAAGCAGAGCAGCUGGAACAAGGGCAGGCUGAUAGUGAACUUGAAAUUUUAAGAUUAAGAAAAUGUGCAAACCUUGUGAGGCUGCCACGUUGGCUUUAUAAUGUCAUGUCACUUAGAGAGCUAACAAUUGAACGCUGCCCAGGUCUUGCUUUAUUUCCAAAUGUGGGUUUGCCAUCUAUGCUGAGAGUGAUUCGGAUUAGGAAAUCGAAUGCUCUAGUUCCUUUCCCUGUUCAGGUGAUACCUAGCAGCAGGUGUCUUGAAGAGUUGGAAAUUGACCAGUGCGAUUCUUUGAUGUCCUUUGGAAGAGGACAAUUACCUCCAACUCUAAAAAGACUAGAAAUAAAAUCUUGCAAGAAUUUGCAGAGCUUGCUAGACGAAGGAGAAGGUUCUUCUUUACUAACCAGCUGCGCUGGCAACACAUCUAAUCUUGAAUUUUUGUCAGUUUACAACUGCCAGUCUCUUACAUCCUUAUCGAGGGGCAAGCUACCUGCUUCUCUUAUACACCUAAAGGUUCAUACUUGUCCAGAGCUUACAUCUUUAUCACCAAGAGGCAGCUUACCGACAAAACUACAAGACUUGGAGGUUCUCAAUUGUUCAAAACUGGAGUCAAUCACUGAGAGGUUUACCAACAAUUCUCUUGGACGUAUUGUGAUCCGAAGUUGCAAAAAUCUUAAAUCUUUACCAGAUGACCUUCACAAGGUCAUGAAUCUUCAUGAAAUUUUUAUAACAGAUUGUGCAGUUCUUGUUUGCUUCCCUCGUGGGGGGUUGCCCAUUGCUUAUUUGAAAAACCUCUGGAUCCAAGGCUGUGAGAAACUUGAGGCUCUUCCUGAUAACAUGCACAACCUUGCAUCUCUUCAAGAAUUGAGGAUAGAUGAUUGUCCACGCAUUGAUUCCUUUCCAGAAGACGGCUUCCCGACCAACCUAACAACACUUCGGAUUUACAAGCUCAAGAUUUGCAAGCAACUGUUUGAAUGGGGGUUGUACAGAUUUACCGCUCUUAAAGAGCUUGAUAUUCAAGGUGGAUGCCCUGAUGUGGUGUCUUUUCCACAGGAUAAGAUAGGAAUGAUGCUGCCUUCCUCUUUAACCGUCCUGUUUAUUAAGGACUUCACAAGUCUGGUAUCUCUUUCCACCAAUGGAUUUCAGAACCUCAACUCACUGGAAUAUCUGCAUAUCUCAAGUUGCCCUAAGCUUGCCUCCUUUCCAAAGAACACUCUGCCUCGCUCACUUUUGCAACUGAUCAUCAAUGGUUGUCCUCUACUAAAACGAAGGUGCCAGAAGGGUAAGGGGCAAGAGUGGUCAAAGAUAGCUCACAUUCCUUAUGUCACUAUAGAUGGAAUGAUAAAUGGAAGACCUCUUUUCGGCUCAGGAAUACGUGGUGGCCAAAGAAGUGGCUUUUUGAGAAGGUUGCUGAAUAAUAUGUAAUGUGUGUUAUUUAUCCUGUCAUUGGUACUUCAGAGGAACUACAUGGGGAGGUAGAUUGAUUUUCCAUUACUUUUGCAUCUUCACUAACAUGCAAUGCAAUGAUACUGAAGCUUGGAAACCUUAUUGCUGGUGGACCUUCAGUUACACAUGAUGUAAACCAUGAACUUGCAACAAAUUAUUAUAUAUUGAAUAACAGCUAUAACAGAUUAUUGCUGUUGGACCUUCUGGUUAA